AUGACGGACGAAAGCUCCUCAAGGAGUCAUCGUGGUAGUAGAAAGGUGAGCCGAGGAGACAUCAAGCGUUUGCGCGACUCGUGUCGUCAACGCUCGCCCACACUCUGGGGGCUCGGAGCGGCGCCUAUCUGGUCGGGAGUCAUCAUGUUUUCCUGCCUUUCACUUCGUCUGGAAGAUAUUCGUGAAUUGGGCCCCCGUUUUCUAGACUCAGUGCGUACGGACUUCUGGGCGUCUGGCCGCUCGACUCGCCUGUCUGCCCUCAUCGAUCGAAGACAAGAGUCUAGCCCCUAA